GAAAUAAAACAUGGGCUCGUAUGGGGUCGAGAAACUCUUGGCAGGCUAAACUGUUUCGGGUAGCUGUAAGCUGGGACCCGGACGAGACGUUUGGAUUUUGGAAACAUCAAACUUGAAUGAGAAUGAAACUCAUUGAAAUCGCACAUCUGGACGGGUCUAGUGUGUGCUUCUGUGGGUAUGUUAAAACAGGCAAGGCGACCUAGACACAAGGGAAAAUCAAUGUUUAGGGAGCAAUGAUCGCUACACAAGCAGGCGAUGAGUGCAGGCUUCACGUAUUUAUCAUUCACGUGAACUGCGGAUAAACAACGGGCCGAGAUAGGCGAUAGCAAUUGGCUUUCCGGCUGCCUCGAGUACAAGCACUUUGGAAUACUCCAACUUUACUCCUUGACUUCCUACGGACGGUAACCGAUCUAUUCAAGCUCAUCCUCCAGCCUCUCAUAUCAUCUUUGACUUGCUUGCUUUCCAGAAGGCCUUUCAGGGAAAAAAAGACCACAAAGGCAGAUCUAUCCAACAGCAACGAGUCCAGCCCGUUCCAGAGCUCCAGCGAACCCCGCGAACGCACGAAACCCUUCACUUUUCACGCGUCGCACAGCCUGGGUUGAUCCCGCAGAGCACCUCGCAGACCUACAGCGAAGGGCAAAGGUGAAGAGAUGAUAUCCGGGAGAGGCAGAGGGAAGAUAAGGCCGCCUAGGAGGAAUCCCCUUGGCGGUCAUGGCGACAACGACUUUGAGUCCCAGUGGGACAUCUUGAGCUCGGCGCUCCGCGAAAUCCACACGAAGAACGCCUCGCAGUUAUCAUUCGAACAGAUCUACCGGGCCUCCUACAAGAUCGUGUUAAAGAAGCAAGGUGACAAGCUUUACGACCGAGUUAAGGAGUUCGAAGAGCAAUGGUUUGGUGGGGAAGUCAUGCCCAAAAUCCAGAAGCUCAUUACACCCAGCUUGGUUAACAUCACACGGGGUGGAGUGUCCGGGGUCACAGCAAACGAGCGUCGAAUGACGGGGGAGGAAUUUUUAAGAGGACUGAAAGCUGCCUGGGAAGAUCACAUCACCACCAUGAACAUGACCACUGAUGUUCUAAUGUAUAUGGACCGGGUGUAUUGCACGGACAAUCGGAAGCCCUCCAUCUUUACCACAUCCAUGGGACUGUUCCGCGAGCACGUUCUUCGGUCACAGGUUUCGGAGGCUGGAUUGAUCAUCUUCGAUAUCCUCAAUUCAGUCCUCAUCGACCAGAUUGGCAUGGAAAGAGAUGGCGAUGUGAUCGACAAGACCUUGAUACGCUCAUGUGUGUACAUGCUUGAAGGACUCUACGAGUCGGAUGAGGAGAAUGAGACUGAGAAACUAUACACCACCGUUUUCGAGGUCGCUUUCCUCGCGAACGCCACAGAGCACUACAAGAAUGAGUGCUCCACUCUUCUUCGAGAAUCCGACGCAAGCACUUGGCUUCGACAGACCCGGAAGAGAUUGGCGGAGGAGGAUGUCCGGUGUCAGACUACGAUUUCGUUGCUCACUAGUGCUAAAAUUGCUAAAGUCGUCGAGAAGGAGAUGAUAAGUGCCCACUUGACAGACUUUCUUGCUAUGGAGGGCAGUGGAAUCAAAGCUAUGAUCGAGAAUGACAGAUAUGAAGACUUGACGCUUUUGUAUCAACUCAUCUCGCGUGUGGAUCCAUCAAAAGGCCCACUCAAGAUUGCUCUGCAGGCACGAGUAGUUGAGUUGGGAUCAGAAAUCAACAAGACCAUUACCGACGCCGAAUCUGCGCCAGCUUCUACUGCUCAGCCUGAAGAAGGCGAACCUGAAGGAGGUGACAAAUCAAAAACACCAAAGCAAAGUGCUGCAGCAAAGCAGACUGCCGCUGCCAUCAGAUGGGUGGACGAGGUAUUGACUCUCAAGGACAAGUUCGACACAAUGUGGAAGCACUGCCUGUCAGAAGAUCUCAUCCUUCAGACCGCACUUACCAAGAGCUUCUCCGAUUUCAUCAACCUCUUCCCUAGAUGUUCCGAGUAUGUUUCGCUAUUCAUUGACGACAACUUGAAGCGCGGGAUCAAGGGAAAGACCGAAACCGAGAUCGAGGUUGUCCUCGACAAGGCUACAACACUGCUCAGGUACAUCCAGGAUAAGGAUAUGUUCGAGCGAUACUACAAAAAGCAUCUUGCGAGACGAUUGCUGCAUGGCAAGUCUGAGAGUGCCGAUGUUGAGAAGCAGAUGAUUUCUCGUAUGAAGCUUGAAAUCGGCAACGCCUUUACUACUAAGCUGGAGGGAAUGUUUAAGGAUAUGACCAUGUCCGAUGAUCUUACAGCUGGAUAUCGCAGCCAUAUACAGGGACUGGGUGACCUGGAUCGCAAACAAGUCGACCUUGGCAUUAAUGUUCUCACUACAAACUAUUGGCCUAUGGAGUCGAUGGGAGGAGCAAGUUCUAGGGGUGAGGACGGCACACCUAUAUGCUGCUUCUGGCCGAGUGAGAUUACGAACCUUCAGGAAUCAUUCAAGAAGUUCUACCUCAAGGAACGGAAUGGUAGAAAGUUAACCUGGCUGGGUUUCCUCGGCAGCGCCGAUAUCAAAUGCGUGUUCCCCAAGAUUCCGGGCAAGGAGGGAGCUCUUGGUCGUGAGCGACGACACGAACUGAAUGUUCCUACAUACGGCAUGAUUAUCUUGCUGCUCUUCAACGACUUAGCUGACGGAGAAUCGUUAACUUUCGAGGCAAUCCAACAGUCGACCAACAUUCCGGUUGGGGAUCUCUCACGAAUGUUAUACACCCUAUCCGUACUGCCAAAAGCCAGAGUUCUAACCAAGGACCCCGCGAACAAGGAGUUACCGAAGCCUGGAGACAAGUUCAGCUUCAAUGCCAGUUUCACAAGCAAGGCAGUGAAGAUCAAGGCGCCUGUCAUGGUCGGCGCAGUCAAUAAGGUCGAAGGUGAUGAUGAGCGAAAGGAUACAGAAGAGCGCAAUGACGAGCACCGAGGAUACGUGAUCGACACUGUCAUUGUCCGUAUCAUGAAGGCUCGCAAAACAUCAACUCAUCAAAUGCUCUUCAGCGAAGUCAUCGCUCAGCUCGCCCAACGCUUCAAUCCAAACAUCAACAUGAUGAAGAAACGUGUGGAGAGUUUGAUCGAGCGCGAAUACCUAGAGCGUGUUGAGGAUGCGGCCGUACCGACAUACAACUACCUCGCAUGAUUGACUCGAUGUGUUCAUUCUCAUUGCCUUUGAGAAUAUAAUCUCCUGUCCAGGCGAAUAUUUUCGUG